AUGAAGAGAGAUUCGAGUGAAGAUUGUGAAAAAGAAGUGACUCACAUGGAGAAAUUGGUGUUCAAGGUUUGUUAUGCAACUUUUCCAUUCGAAUUCUUAUGCUAACUGCUGUAGUGAGAGCUUGAUUCUUGCGGUAAUUUGGUUAAUCGUUAUGUGUCGCGUUCCCAAAGAGCCCUAAUUAAUUCAUUCUCAAGGCUGCACACCGCAAGUGCAGGCCAAGUCGAGCUCUUUUCCGAGCAAUCUACUCUUUACGUAGAUUAAUGGUAAACGAGCUUGAGGCGUUUUUUUUUUCGCUUUCCUUUCAAAUGAUGUUUGUGCGAUCAAAUUAACCACUUGUAUGUUAGCCGGAUGGCAGCCGCUCGCAACGUUGAGAAAACUUGUGCGUGAAAAUUUCAUGCGACAACCCUAAUGGGUCGCAAACUGAAUGGCUUAGAUAGCGUUCUGCUGCUUUCCAAGUUAAGUUCCAUCACUCUCGGCUUUUUUCAACUCUUUCUUUUUUUUCGAUUAUUUUCUGAUUUUCAGACGGCAUGCAAAGCAAAACCUGCGUCUACGAGCUCAAAAAUGGAAGUUGACCGGAAAAUUUCAACGGGAACUUUGAACCGGCUCAUUCUUGUCGCCCAAGCACUUGAGUCGGAAGUUGAAACACGAAGAAAUGAUGACGUCAGCGCCACUAAAAUCACCUUUUCAAUCAGAAUCGCUAAUAUGGUUUGUUCAAAACUCAUCUAAACUCUUUUCAGUUUUGUUUCUAUUCAGUAGUUGCAAACAGCAAACAAAUCAAACCAAGUUCAACAAAUUAUUUCACGAUUUUUGAAAAAAAUGCUCAUUAUCUGAUGAAAGGUCAAGUGAGCUUCAAUUCGCUUUCAAAAGAUUAAAAGUUUUCCUUUUAUUCAUCCAAUAUUCAUUCUUAUGUUUUUAAUUUUUUUUUCUUACAGGUCUUACUCAUACUCAUCAACGUCCUCAUUUUCACGGGUUUCGGAAAAUACCAAAACAAAAAUCAUGACAAUUAUCAGGUGCGCUUUUGAUUUGAAUUAUUGUGGUUUUAAAAAGAAUGCGUAGGAAGCCUUUGCAUCCUUCCUGGAACUUUUCAUUUUUCAGACGUAAUUUAGUUCGACUCUCAGAAGUGACGGAGUACCCUUGAAUCUUUUUAUUUUAGGACUUGAGGCUAACAGCCGAUAAAUGGACCUACGAGCCCAAGUCAGACGAACUUCCGGAAACUUUCCUGUUCCUGAGGCUAAGUGGCCAGUAUCUCUCAGCUUGUAUUACCGUCUUUCUACUUUUCUCCACUAUUUUUCUACAACUCCUGCACAUUUGCGGCAUCUCAGCAUCCCGCAUUACCGUAAGAUAAUCUCUAAUUUUUGGCCACAUUUUUUAUUGUUGACCAUAGGGCGCGCUUACGUGGCAAGCAUGAAUUGCUAGAGAAAAAUUUUUUCUCGCUGUCAGAGAACUGGAUAAUCCGAUUGGUAAUAACACGAAACGCAGGAGAGUUGCUCUGUCAGAGACACGCGAGAAAAACUUCAACUGAUUAGGAUUAGUAAAAAAAAAAAUGAGAAGCAUGAUACAGCCAGUCUGAGUCUAAAUAAUUCGAAAUAAGGUUUUUUUCGCUUUCGGGCCUGUAAAAUAAAAUUCCGUUCUACUUAACUUUUCAAGUUGUUGCGAAAAAAAGCGUUCGACUAUUGAGAAAAGUUUUCUAUUUUUUUCACGUGGCAUUUUACGCUUUUCGAUAUUUUCGGCAGUAUAAUUGAAUCUGAGAACUUCACUACCUAGGAGAAUUUGUGCUUUCUCAGUUUUCAACCUGUUCCAUAACAGAUGAAAAAUUCUUCAGAUAGAAAAUUUAGGAAAAAAAAUUUUAAUCUCAUUGUCCGUUUUCAGAGCAUGUGUUACGCUUUUGGAGCCGUGCCAUUUUUCGCUGUUCGUUUUCGGGCUAGAAAUGCACUACUCGACAUGUCCAUGGCUUGACGAGUACUUCAUGUUGUACAGAGAGUCGGAUUUGAGCUCGCAAUGUGCCAUCAACGGCUGGGCUCUUGCCGGAGUGAGCUUCUUUCCGUUUCCUCUACGAGUUCCGGGUCAUUGA